CGGAGGGGCAGCGGCGGCGGCGCCGGCGCGGAGUGCCAUGCAUUAUGGGGUGGCCGAUCACGAGCAGAGUGAGGAUUACGGCGGAGACAUCGAGGAAGAAUUACAUCACCUAUGUUUAAAUAACUACCCGGCGAUAUGAGGCGUUGUUCAGCGACGGACUGGGCCGGUACAAGGGCGGCAAGGCGACUUUGAGGGUGCGGGAAGGUGCAGCACCGGUGUUCCAUCGCGCACGCCCGAUGCCUUACGCGCUGCGCGAGCGCGUGGACGCCGAACUGGACGCCAUGCUGAGCGCCGGCGUCGUCGAGCCCGUCGACUGCUCGGACUGGGCAUCACCACUGGUACCUAUUAAUAAGCCGGACGGUUCCCUUAGAAUUUGUGCAGACUAUAAAACUACCUUAAACCCGUAUUUGUUGGUCGACCGGUAUCCUCUCCCUAAAAUAGAAGAUGUACUUGUAAAUUUAAAUGGCAAUAUGUACUUUAGUAAAAUUGAUCUUUCACAAGCGUACAACCAGAUUGAAUUGGACGAGUCUAAACGUUAUACGGUUAUAAACACCCACCGAGGGUUGUUUCAGUAUAAUAGACUGGUGUACGGCUUAUCAUCCAGUGUAGGGAUAUUUCAGCGUAUUAUGAUAAAUUUAUUGGGUAACAUACCUAAUGUACAAAUAUUUUUAGACGAUGUUAUUAUCGGGGGCAAAACUAAAUCGGAACAUCUACAGGCUUUAGAAGCGGUUUUUCAGCGUUUACUUACUAACGGUUUGAAGUUAAGGAAAAAUAAAUGUGUUUUUUUUGCUAAGGAAGUUACAUACUUAGGGUAUGUAGUGUCUAGGGAGGGCAUCAAACCAGAUACAACAAAGAUUAAGGCGAUUCUGCAAAUGUCACAACCUCGUAACGUAUCGGAGUUAAGGUCAUUUUUAGGAACAGUAAAUUUUUUCGGUAGGUUUAUUAAAAAUCUCAGUUUAAUAUUGUCACCUCUUUAUAAACUAUUAAAAAAGGAGGCGGAGUGGCACUGGAGUAAGGAGUGCGGGGAAUCUUUCGUGCAAGUAAAGCAAUUGCUGUCGAGCGCUAAAGUAUUAAGGCAUUAUGAUCCAAGUAAACGAUUGAUAGCGACUUGUGAUGCGUCACCACGGGGGGUGGGGGCGGUUUUGACCCAAAUUGGACCGGACGGCGAACGCCCGGUCGCAUACGCAUCUCGUACUUUAAACAGCGCGGAGGCGAAUUAUUCGCAGAUACACCGCGAAGCUUUAGGUAUUAUUUUUUGUGUAAAGAAAUUCCACCAGUACCUUUACGGACGUCAUUUCACAUUGCGCACAGAUCAUAAACCACUAGUUUCAAUAUUUGGACCGAAUACGGGUAUACCGACAAUGACAGCUAGCAGGAUGCAGCGGUGGGCAAUAAUAUUAUCGGCUUAUGAUUACGAAAUCGAAUAUGUGAAUACGAAGGAUAACUGUGCGGACGGGUUGUCUAGAUUACCUAAUGCCAAUGAGAUACGGAAUAAUUCAGGUGAUGCUAUUCCCGAGCAAACAUAUCUACAUUUCGCGCAAGACGCGUUGCUGUUAGAUUAUAAUAAGAUAAAGUGCUACACUAUGCGCGAUCCAGUUUUGGCUAGAGUCUUAACUUUUAUUCGUGAGGGCUGGCCGGAUAGUUGUGAUUUUGAUACGCUGAAGCCAUACUUUAAUAGAAAGUCAGAACUAUAUGACGAGCUAGGGUGUGUCAUGUGGGGGCACCGGGUAGUAAUACCGGAGAAGUGCCGCGAUAAGGUUUUAGGAAUUCUACAUGAACCUCACAUGGGUAUAGUUAAGACCAAAGCGUUGGCCCGUAGCUAUGUGUGGUGGCCGGGACUCGACGAGGCGGUGGAGGCGGCGUGUCGCGAGUGCGCGCCGUGCGCCUCGGUGGCGAGCGCCCCGCCGCGACAUCCGCCGCGCUGCUGGCCGUGGCCAACGCGAGCAUGGACUCGGAUACAUGUAGAUUUCUUGGGCCCUUUUCACGGAAAGACUUAUUUAAUAGUAGUGGACGCUAUGUCAAAAUGGGUCGAAGUAUUCCAGGUUCCUAGCACGGCCGCCGUUUCAACCAUUGAAAAAUUAACCGAAUUGUGGGCUAGGUGGGGAAUACCUAAACAAUUGAUAAGCGAUAACGGCCCGCCGUUUUCAAGUAAAGAAUUUUCGAACUUUUUAGCCUUAGACGGGGUAGAACAUAUUUUUACGGCUCCUUAUCACCCGGCCUCUAACGGAGCGGCAGAAAAUUCGGUUAAAGUAAUAAAGCAAGUUAUAAAAAAAGCAGUCAUAGAAAAAAACGACAUUCUAAACGCUAUCAACACAUAUUUAAGUUACUAUCGCAAUACGGCGCACUGUUCCACAGGCGAGAGCCCCGCGAUGCUCAUGACCGGUAGGCAAUUGCGGACGCGUUUAGAUUUGUUAAAACCGGAUGUAAGUUUGAAGGUGACUAAAAACCAACAGCGGCAAACUCGCUUGGCUGGAGGGUCGGAACGAAAAAUGGAAAUAGGUGAGGGCGUUUGGUAUCGUAGAUAUCUGAAAGGAGAGAAAUGGCAACCGGGUAAGGUGUCCGGGGUUUUAGGUGAUACGGAUUAUAACAUAACCGACUGUCAGGGUAACAUUAUUCACCGCCAUAUCGACCAAUUGAAACGGAGAGCGAGGAGUUCUAUAGUCUGUCCAAAAGGUAGCGAGGAAAGUAGUGAGACAAUGGCCACGAACCCAUCUCCAAACUUGCCACCGGAACCCAGGGUUGAGCCUACAACGCCGCGAGCGAGUACCAGUGGGCUCAGGAGCGAGACGGCGGGACCUUCGACGCCGACGUUCGAUGCCUCGCCGGCGCUCAGUAUGGCGGAAGGGGAGGAAGAGGGCAUAGAAUGCUAUUCCACGCCCGGAAGGGAUACGGGGAGUGGGGAUGAGCAAGUGGAUCAGCCAACGACCCCCCUCGCACCGGCUCGGUCGCGGCCCCUUAGACAAUGUAGAUUGAAAAAGCCGUCAUAUAAAGUAUAAGCA